AUGUCAACCACUCCACUCCCCCAAACAACCCUCUACAAAGCCUUCAAAGUCCGCUACCACAUGACCCUCUCCGACCCAGACAUGCCCAGUCCCCGCUACCACACCAUCAUCUUCAUCGAAACAAACAAAGACCUCUCCGGCCACGUCCACCACGUCAUCGGCGACAUCGUCACGGGCAUGAAAUACCAAUCAACAGAUCGCGAGCGCCCGGAAACCGAUGAAGCAUUCUUUGAUAAGGAGUUCAUUGGAUAUGUGGCGAGUGAGACGUAUCCAAAGGCUGUGGAUGAUGUUUGUGAGAGGUUGCCGCCGCCGCCGAAGCAGAAGGGUUUUAAUGUUCGGACGAUGAGGACGGAGCCGAUGAGGCCUGAUGGAACAUUCUAUGGAAUUGGGGAGGCGAGACCGUCGUUGAUUAAGUGUACUGAAUGGACGGAGGGGCAAGCGAUCCCUACCUUGAGGCAGAGUGGUGUUCUUCUGGAUAGCGUCUAG